AUGCCUACCCAUGCACGCCCCAACCCUCCAACGCCAAACCCCGCCACCUCCUCACCUUCCAUGCACCCCUUCCAGUUUGGCAAGCUCCUCCCAGUUGAAGCGUGUGCUGUCGACCUGCAAACAACGGCUAGCCGCGAAAUAUCGCACAGUUGGGGCGUUUACUUGCUGGCGUUGGUCGUUAGGGAAUUACGUGGGCAUGGGGUUGUUGAUACAGCUAAGAUUGAUGGUGUAGCAGGUGUCUCGGGUAGUGAGCGCUUCAGGAUUUUGUAUUGA